AUGGAUUCAUUGUCUGCCAGUGAACAGCGCAUCUUUAGCAAUGGCAUGAUUUGCGCUUUUGAAGGCUUGAACAGUAUCAAGGUUGACUACGAAAAACUAGCUGCUAUGUCGGGCUUGAAGAAUGCUUCUGUCGCAUCAGUUCUUUUCAACAAGGCCAAGCGUAAACUUGUCGCGCUUCAGAGCAAUGGCGACAGUGCCGGUCCCGUCAAGAAGGCUGCUACCCCCGAAAAAGUGACCAAACGCAGUACUGCUCGCAAGAAUACCGGGAAAGGAAAAGCCAAGGCCUCGGAACAUGCUCCGGUUGCUGCCUAUCCUGAAGCGUCCCAUGCCUCGAAUGGGAAUGGGAACACAGAGCCCCCCGUUAAAAAACGUGGUGGAGGCAGACGCACUGCCGGCAACAAAAUAAAAAAUGAAGAGGAAACCAAGCCAGGAGCGCCCAUUGAUCUUAUCAAUGAUAGCAUCAAGCUUGAGGAUGGUGUCGGUUAUGGCGACAUGCUUAGCGAUUUUGGUGAAACUGCUAUUGAAUCUACCGUGUACUGCGAGGCUGAAGCACCUGCACCCGCAGACGAGGACGAUGACGAUGACACUGUCAUGCCGAAGAAAGAAUUCGAUGACAACUAA